CCUCUCCUGCUGGAGAAGCGCACAGAGAGAAGCGCAGUCUGAUGGAGCGGCAGCAACAGCAGCAGCAGCGCUAAAAGCCUCUCACGUCUCAAGGCGCACGCACACGCAGACACACACACACACACACACACACACACAUACUCAGCCUCGCUUUCUUCACACGCAAACCUUAGAAGAUUUACGGAGGAGUUUUGCCAACAUCGAGGAGUCUUGAAUAAGAAAACUCCUGAAGUAAAAAGAGGAUGGCUGCCUCACAGCUGUUCCUCCUGCUGCUGCUGCACGGAUAUCUGCCAAAAAUAUUAUCGGUGCAGAUGUGCGACGUGGUGAAUGAGAUCGAGCUGGAGAGAGAGCGCUGUGAGAAUAGCACCUCUGGGAACGUCACUUCAGGUUGCCAAGGCACAUGGGAUAUCAUCGCCUGUUGGCCUUCAGCCAGAGUUGGAGAGGUGGUGACAAUAACCUGCCCCACUUACUUCAGUUACUUCAGUGAUGAGCAGAAAGGUAACCUCUCCAAAACCUGCACAGCAAAUGGCUGGACUGAGAUGAGGCCUAUUGACAUCGCCGUGAACUGUGGAUACAAUCUGAACAGCACCAGCGACGAUGGCAAGUUUUUUUGGCAAGUGAAGAUUGGUUACACAAUUGGCCACAGUGUUUCCCUCAUCUCUCUUACCACGGCUAUUGUGAUCCUCUGCAUCUUCAGGAAGCUCCACUGCACAAGGAACUACAUCCACAUGCAUCUGUUUGUGUCAUUCAUCCUGAAGGCUAUCGCCGUCUUCGUCAAGGAUGUGGUGCUCUACGAGGUCGGGGAGGUGGACAACUGCUCCUCAGGCUCCGUUGGCUGCAAAGCAGUGAUUGUGUUCUUCCAGUACUGUAUAAUGGCCAGUUUCUUCUGGCUGCUGGUGGAAGGCCUUUAUCUUCAUGCGUUGUUGGCCGUCUCUUUCUUCUCUGAGAGGAAGUACUUCUGGGCUUACAUUCUGAUCGGCUGGGGAGGGCCGACAAUUUUCAUCACAGCUUGGAGUAUCGCUAAAGCCUACUACAAUGAUGUGGGGUGCUGGGAUAUAAUCGAGAACACUGAUGUGUUCUGGUGGAUCAUUAAAACCCCUAUUUUGGCAUCAAUCCUGAUGAACUUUAUUCUCUUCAUCUGUAUCAUUCGAAUACUUCGGCAGAAGAUCAACUGCCCAGAUAUCGGAAGAAACGAGUCCAACCAGUACUCGAGACUGGCGAAAUCAACGCUGCUUUUGAUUCCACUGUUUGGGAUCAAUUUUAUAGUGUUUGCGUUCAUCCCAGAGCAAGUGAAGACUGAGCUGCGGCUGGUUUUUGACUUGAUUCUGGGGUCAUUUCAGGGCUUUGUGGUUGCAGUCCUCUACUGCUUCCUCAACGGAGAGGUCCAAGGAGAGAUCAAGAGGAAGUGGCGGAGGUGGCACCUGCAGAGAUACAUGGGCUCUGACACCAAAUAUCAGCACCCAUCUAUUGGCAGCAGCAACAACUUCAGCACCCAGAUCACCAUGCUGACACGAUGCAGCCCGAAGACACGCAGGGGUUCGUCCUCUUGUCAUGACGACUUGUCUAGCAUAUGACUCAUACAGUGAAACAGACGUCCAAGCUGUUCAAAAUACUCUCAUGCCAAACUUUAGGCAGAAAAGACACAGCAUAUCUAAGCUCUAGAAUUAAAAAAAUACACAUCUCCUCAUUAACACAUACACUCGUGGAGGAUGUGUUGCUUGAAUGUGACGGGGACAGUGGACAGUGAAGGAAAAUAGUGUGACCGUAAUCAGCUUCUAAGCAGCUUUUAAUCUCCGCGCUUCUCCAAAAAAAGGUUUUAAGUGACAAAAAUGCGAGCGCAUCACUUUACAAGCGUAGCUUACGCACAUUUGAAUGAGGAUCACUGAAUUUUUGUUUUUGUGUUUCAUGAGUCAGAGCACGUGCGGUUGAAUUUGUGAGCCAUUCUCAUUACGGAUCAUUUGGUCAAUUGUUAUUAAGUUCCCCAUGUGGUCAGACAACCGCGCAAAGUGAAAUGUCACGUAUUAAUGGUGUUAGGUCAGGGAUCCAAAUGUGAACUGCACCAGCAGACACACAAUCUGAUGUAAUUACGUGCUGAUUAAAAAUCACUUAGUGAAUUCCUGCAUCUCCAAAUGAACCAGGCUGGUGCAAAGACACAAGCAUCAGAAGAAAAGGAGCUGAUUUGUCCUGUUAUUUAUAUUCUUAUAUUGUGUGCAGUGACAUCACAGGCAAAGAAAAGUGCAUCAUGGGGUUGUGUUUGAGCGCUGAAUGUGAGUGGUGGAGUAUACAGUAUGUUUCAAAGCAUAUUUUUAGGAAACCAAAAACGGCGUGCAGCAUUUUGUUUUCCUCACUGUGUAGGAAGACAGACAAAGAAAGACUGGCUGAUAACCAGCAGGAAACUUUAUUUCCAUACAUGCCAAAUGGUUGAGGCUUCAGACCGGGUGACCAGUGUGACACUGAUUCACAGUGAUGGUUUUGGAGUACAAAUGCCCUUCUCUGCACUAUCACUUUCAUGAGAGACUGAUUGCCCUUUGCCUUCCCUUUUAUCAGUACAGCCUUCCUUCGUGUUUUGUGUCAUCCUGAGCCUAUGACAGGCUUCAUGUGUUUUAUUAUUUGAGGCGCUCCAGCAGUUCUGUGCUGAUCACUGACGAGUGCCCGUUUCAGUGUUUUGAAGUGACACUUUCAAUCCAAUCUUCAUCGGCUGGCGGGCUGAGCUGCAGCUCUAGAGAGGAAAUGCCUUUAAGCAACUCAGUCCUUGAAUGUUUACAUUUACUUGGGAGGAGUCAUUUAACAUUGUACAGUAUAUAUACAGUGUAAAGUAUAAUGAAUUACUAUGGAUUGUUGUGCCAUACUGAUUGCAUUGUGGCUACACUAUCAGUAAUGUCACUGUAAUUGUUGUUUGUUCAUGUUAUUGCAACAUGUGUGAUUUAAUGCCUUGCCAGGAACAUAAAAUUCUCUUGUACAAGCUUGUUUAUGCAGCUGUCUUUGUUUUAUUGUCAAGCAUAAAAGCUAAAUAGAAGGCACUGCAUCACAUUUUAAAGCAGUCCUCCAAUUCAUAAUACAGAGGAGUACAUGCAGUUUGAUGAGAACUCUUGGUGAUGCUUUCGUAAACCAUCAUCAGCUUCAACUCUUAAAUCCUUUGAUUGUGAAAACUGUGAAAAGUAUUUCCUGAAUUCUCCACUGAUGUGUCAGGUUCACACUUUAGAGCUGGAGGAGGUUGAAACUGACAGGUCAGCACAGACUACUGGAGCCUGUAUGUAAAGCAAAGCAAGGUGACAAGCAUGACUGGCCCUGUCACAUCGGUGCUGUCAUUGUUCUUUUCAGUUUACAAGAUUAGACUUGAAAGUCAGUUGCAUGUUCAUGCAAGAAGGAGCAUCCAGAAGGUCCAGUUUUACCUGUAAAAAAAAAAAAUAAUAAUAAUCUCAACACACUGCUGAUUUAAAGGGUUCAGACAGAAAGCAAAGUGAAUUUUUGUCUUUCAUUCACACUAAUUUGACCACUGGAUUGAUUGUAUUCAUUUUCCCCAGAUAGCCAGUGUACUGUGCCAUCUGUACAGAUGUUAGCUACAAGCUAACUAGCAACUGACACACAAAUCAAAUGUUCAACUCAGCCUCUAACUGAACUCAGAACUGAGCAGAAGCUCCAGUUCUUUCCAGGCUCUCUCUACUUUUGUCUAGUGAACCUGCUUAAAAAAUAUGCAAGCUAUCACUCAAGCUGAAACAUUUUUCAACUGGCAAGGACAUUGCUUGCAAUUUUGUUUUUUCUCUUGCAGUUGUGCCACUUCUAAAAUUCGCUUCACAUUCUAUCUGAAAACAAAAAGUGUAGAAAGUGAAAUUAAAGAGGAACACCGUUGUUGAUUGUAGAAAUGAUGAAAAACAAAGUUAUCUUGGGUGUAUGGCUGAUAACAAAAGCUUAAAAGAACUAUGGAAUAUCUGCUUGUUCAGUUUUCUUGCCAAGAGUUAGUUGAAAAGAUUGAUGCCUUUCAUCAUGUCUGUAGGGUAAAUAUUUAGCAGAAGCCAGCAGCUAGUUAGCUUAGCACAAAGCCUGAAAGCAGAUGGAAACAGCUAGCCUAGCUCUGAAAUCAGCCUAUCACCAUAUCAAAAGCAUAUUAACACAUUAUAUGUCUUCUUGUAAAGUAUUCGGCUUCUGUACAGAUAAAACAAAUAAGAUACAAUGUGUUGGUCAGUGAGCUUUAGAGGUACUUCUAGGUGGAUUUUGUCACCUUGGGAGAGAGCUAGGCUAACUGUUUCCACUUGUUACCACUCUGUCUGCUAAGCUAGGCUAACCAACUGCUAGCUGUAGCAGGGGUAUUCCUCUAAUUCUUCAAAGACUCAUUAUCCAACAUUGUUUGGUGCCUGUCUUCUGUCGUCAGUAAAGUUCAGUGUAACUGUGUGAAUUUGCCAAUGUACCUCUUAUAAUGGUGAAUGUAAAUAGAUUUGUACGUAACAAUUGUAGUAUAAAAUUCAGCCACAGGUGUCACUUAAUAUUAUCUUUGAUGUUUUGGUAACCUGGCAUGGUUGUUGUUUAUCAGUGAGAUAAUAUUAAAAAGGGAUGUUGAAUCAACAAUCAUUCUAAUGUGCACUUACUGUGACUACUCAGUAUUUCUAUGUGUAAUCUAGAUUUGUCUAUUCACAAACUGGAUAUUGUGUUGUGUAUAAUUAAGAACUGUUUGGUUUGUUGUUAGUGCAAAGCGUGUAACACUGGUGCAGUGCAUACCAUUGUGAAGCUACAAAUGUACUGUAAGUAUUUAUUAGCUUAAGUUCACAUUUGUGUACACCUAAAGCCACUUGUUUUUGUAUUAUUAUCAUUAUUCAUUUUGUUAUAGGUGUAUGUAAAGAGAGUUAUCUUGGCAGGAAAUUUAACUUGCCAUAAAAUUUGAGCGUGUUUCACCCAAACUGUAUGAAAUAAAUUAUUUAGAAAUAUACAA